CGACAUAUCGUUGCAGGCACAGAGGCUGGUUCUCGCACACAGGGACAUAUGCUGAGGGCCGCUCUCGGGUCCAAUGGUGUGAACACUGUUAGUUCUGAGGCAGGUUCAGGAUGAAGCGUUUCCUGCCAUCCUGGGUGAGGACCCAUUUACUCCUCUGUCUGGGACUACUGCGCUGCGGAGACGCCAGAGUGAACACCCAAGUUCAGGCUGGGCCUCUGUAUCGCGUGGUGGGCUCUCCGCUCUCCAUCUCCUGCAAUGUGAGUGGUUUUUUCAGUGACACCGCUAAAAAAAACUUUCAAUUCCGUUUUGUGAAUCCGCCAAAUCCAAAUGAGAUCAACAUCAUCAGCACGGGGGACCCAAACUUCAGCUACACCGUGUACGCAAGGCGUGUGGGGAGCAAGGAGAUCACCCUGACACAUGUCACUCCAAACUCAGUCUUGUUUAAGAUACAAAGCCUCGGGAAAGGUGAUGAGGGUGAAUACCACUGUACUGUAGUCAACUCAGAAGUUGUUUAUGAUGGAACCUACAGCGCCGAGACAGCAUUAAAAGUGAUUGACAACUCCCUCAGUGUUUCAUCACCUGCCUCCACCCCACUGAGCUAUAACGAGGGGGACGCUUUCACUUUGACAUGCCAUGCCUCCACCAACACCGUCCAGCACACCCACCUGUCUCUUGCCUGGUACCUGCGUAAAGACGACGAGGACAGCGCUCACCCCAUCAUCUCUCUGGACAGAGAUUUCACACUAAACCCGGGCCCGAGGUUUAAAGACCGGCACCAGGCUGGAGUCAUAAAGUUAGAUAAAUUGGGAGAGGCCACGUACAAGCUGAACAUAGCUCACCUGGAGCCUUCCGACCAAGGCCGGAUCUACUGCCAGGCUCAGCAGUGGAUCCAAGAUCCCGACCGCUCUUGGUACAUUAUCGCUCAAAGCGAUGGGAAGGAAACUACCCUGAAUGUUAAAGCCAGAGACGUGUUGCCAGACAUGUCGUCCCUGACGGUGCGUAUCUCGGCACCGGCGGAUACUCUGCAGGAGGGGCAGGAGCUGUCGCUGUUCUGCCACGUAAACUUCCACGACCUGCAGAAAAGGUUCUUCUCUGUAGCCUGGCUCAGGGGAAAUAUUGAGUUGGCCCGCGUUGGCCCGACAGGCAUUCUGUCCGUCGGGCCCGAGUACAGCAGGAGAGAGGGAGAUGGAGAGCUGAGGGCAGCCCGGAAGGGGGAGGGAGAGUACUGCCUCACCUUGCAGUCUGUCAGAACCGAGGACCGGGGGGAGUAUGUGUGUAGAGCGAGGCUUCUGGACCGAGGCCCGGAUGGGGGCUUCACUGAGCGAGCAGUCCAGCACUCCGACUCCCAGCUGGUCAGCAUCUCAGCCCCAGAAAGUGCGCUGUCAGUUAAAAUGCGAAACCCUGGGAGUGUUAACGAAGGCUACCGGCUGGAGCUCAGCUGUGAAGUGCUCGGGGUCAAAGGUCAGCUGUCUGUCACCUGGCAACGCAGAUCAACAACCACGGCCGUCUUUGCCAGUGUCAUCAGUCUAAGUCAGGCGGGUGUUGCGGAGAAGGCGGAGGAGUUCAAGAGCCGCAAAGUCAGCGCGACGCGUCCUGCCACCAACACCUUCACCUUGGAGCUUGAUGAAGUCAGGCCUUCAGAUUCAGGGGUCUACCAGUGUGCUGUGACUGAAUGGAACAUCAAUACCAAGACCCAGAGCCAGUCUCAGAGUGCCACUGUGACUGUGACUCCUGCAGAUUCUUUUGUUAAACUGAAUCUCAUGAGUCGCAACAACGCGGUGACUGUAGGACAAACUCCGGAGUUGAUGUGCCGGGUCAGAGGGUCGCGCCUACCAAUGACACUGACCUGGAGCCGGCAGCAGGGCGCCUCAACCAUAGACAUCCUGACGCUGUACGCCAAUGGUUCCAUCAGCUGGUCUGUAAACCAGCAACGCUACCAGCUGAAAGUAGAGAACAAAGUGACUGAAGUCAUUUACUAUCUGCUCAUCAAUGGUGCAAGCCACGAGGAGGCGGGAAACUACACGUGUUUGGUGUCUGUCUUCUUGGAGGAGAUUCACAGGAAGCUGCCUGCAUCCAACCACCUGGGCGUUGAGGUGCAGAACCCAGAGAGCAAACUUGUUCUGACCACCACCGCUGCCAUGUCUGUAAAUGUCAACACCGGCAUAGAAAUGAAAUGCUCGGUUGUUUCCAAAACCUCCGCUUCCUCACGCUACUCUGUCACCUGGCUGCUGCAGCAGCAGGGAGAAAAGAAGACCAUUGUGAGCUCAGACCAGGAUGCCCUAGUGACGUUCGAUCCGAAGAUAGUGCAGAGCCACAGGGAGCGAAUCGGCGUGAGGCGCACCAAGGGCCCUAGUUUUGAGUUGAGUAUUCAGCAGGUUGGGAUCUCAGACAAGGGCUCAUACACGUGUGAGGUGGUGGAGUGGCUGCAAGAUCCUCAUGGCGGCUGGUAUCAGCUCUCACCGGUGUCCAAAACGACAGAGCUAACCGUCAGUCAGCCUGUCAAUGACCUUAGUUUGGACUCCAACCAGCAUCCGCCAGAAGCCAGAGAGGGAGACGACGUGGAGCUGACGUGUAAAAUCAUGUCGGGUGCAUCCAGUUCUUCCUUUUUCUACAAAGUUUCUUGGCUCUAUGCUGCACGUUAUUCUUCCACCACAAAUAUCCUGGUGGAGCUUGACCACACGGGCCUGCUGAGUUACCCAGAGAACCAAGAGCGCAGAGACUUGCAGGGACGAUUCCGUCUCUCCAGACCUGUUUGGAGCAGCUUCGCUCUGGGAAUUCAGAGGGCCCAUGUGGAGGAUAGUGGGACAUACCAGUGCGCGGUGGAGCAAUACCAGCUGGAUCAGGAAGGACACUGGCAGCAAAAGGCCUCAGACAGAACAGGCCCCAUCAAGCUGACUGUAAAUGUUGCAGAAAAAAACCUGUCCGUAGCAAAGGAAGACAAGUUGUUGAACAUAAGCCGAUUGCAGGAUUUCCCCAUUCCCUGUCAUAUCACCCACCAAUCCAGUAGUGAGUCUGAGUUCCAGGUCACAUGGUUUUGGCAGAAAGGAACAGAAACUGAAAAACGCCCCCUAUUCACAGCUUACCGCAACGCCACCCUACAAGACUGGGUUGGAAAGGGUGAUCAGCUAAGAUUUGGCCACGCUUUGCAAAACCGAUUCAGCCUUACAUUCUUGAAGCCAAGUCCUGAAGAUGGUGGCCUGUAUUUCUGUGAGGUAGAAGAGUGGCUCCCAUCUCUUUCUCAUGGCUGGAGGAAGCAUGCAGUGGAAAACUCUGGAUAUUUGACUCUUCAUGUGUAUGCAGAAGGAGAUGUCAAAGCCGUCUCUGAGCAACAAUGCCUGGCAAUUAUCUGGAUGGGGGGUUUUAUAGUUGUCCUCAUCUGCUCACUUUUGGUCAUAUUCCUACUACUGUUGGUGAUUUGCAAAAACAAAGCCUCGGGAAGACAGAAGCCAGAUCAAAAUCUGUGGGCAGAGGUGCACCCACUGCAAGGAAAACCCAUUGCAGAUGACUGAACCUGGAGACCAGAGGAGGCGCUGAGAGAAGAAGAAUAUUUUGUAUGUGCCAUGUAAUAUAUUCUUUUCUUAUUCUUUUUUAUAAGCUUUUAUAGUUCAAUAAGUGGCCCAUAACAUAUAUUUUUAAUAGUUAUUCAAAGUGUAACAAUUAUUAUCUCAAUGAAUCUAUUGCUUGUGUUCUCAAGAAAGAGUAUUAAUGUUUUACUGCGCGUGCUGCUGGAAAUAAUUUAGCAUUCAUGAAUUAAUAAAAUCCUUCAAACCUUUUAAAUUGAACAGGCAUUUAUCCCGUUGCAGAUUAAAUGUAUCACCAGCUUAAAUAAAAAGUUAUUUCUGCAUGUAA